UUUCAUAUAACCUUGCCAUUUGCCAAUGGGGGGUAGCGUGCAAUGAUUGUGCAAGAAUGUGUGGAAUGACAAGAACCCUAAAGUACAAAAGCCCGAAAUGAAAGGUGAUAGCGAGUGUGGUGGUUCUUCAAUGCCGGCGGAGCGUAACAGAAGGCUGAAGAUGAAUCGCCUGUUCAGUCAGCUUCAGGCCACCAUCCCACGCCCCCUUUCCAAGGCUACAAAGGAAGUGAUUAUAACGGAAACGAUUAGGUACAUAAAGGAGCUUGAGAGGAAGAAGAACAACUUGGAGCAGAUCAAGGAACUACAAAUUCAAAGUCAUGCCAGUGGUACCACCUUCAUGCUUCCAUGCAUGGCCAAUGAUGAUAAUUGCUCUGUCACUGUCACUGUCUCCGCCAACGUCGCAUUUUUCGGCAUUCAGACCGUGGCUCGCCGAGGUUUGAUUACCAUGAUUUUGGAGGUGUUCAGCAACCACAAGGCUGAGAUUUUGGCUGCAAAUGUGGCGGUUAAUGAAGGGAUUUUGACAUUUGCAGUCACUGCUCUAUUGCAAAUUGUUGCUGAUGGGGAAGGAGAAGGAGAAGGGGCUGUUGAGAUGAUUAAGAGAGAGAUCAUGACUUUGUAGAUUCAAAGCUCCCUGCUUUUUCAGUUUUUCUUUUUUACACUCUACACUUACAUUUACAUGUACAUGGUGCUUUCAUUUAGUACCAUGCGGCUCUUUACACACAGUAAACGAUAUCUAACAAUUUUGGCCAUGUAUUCAUGAAUAUGAUAGUAAUACACACAUGCAAAUUAAUGACAUAUUGAUGGGGCUUGUUUUAUUUAAAGAUUCUAAUACACUUGUUUUAUUUAUACACAAACACAUGUUGGACUAUUUUUUUAUGAACACAACAUUUCUUAUUCAACAGUAUGAGUGGAGGUCAUAAUGAGGUUGCAAAUGGAAUUUCAUGAUGGAGUGCUUGUUAUGGUUAUGUCCGGUGCCUUUUCUUUUCUCUUAAAUCCAAACUAUAAUUUGGUGGUUUAUAAACUAAACUAAAUAUUCUAUGAUACUCCUUCCGGGUCGUUUAGCUUGAAUCGCAAGAAAGUGUUUGAGUGCACCUUAUAGGCACACCACUAUCUUUUUGUUGCAACAUAAUCCACUAAAACAACAUUUCAUAUUUUGGAAAACUAAAUGCCACUAAUAGACACCAUUAAGCAGAAAUAUUAGAAAGAAAAAGGUAUGAUUGGAAGAAAAAA